AUGAAACACAUCAACUUCACCUUUGCAAGAUCGUCUUGGACUAUGGCGUUAUCUCGGCCGGGCGAUCCUUCAGUAGUAGUCGAAUGGUAUGUCUAUAUGGGAAAAAUCCUGUGGGAGCGAGUGGAUGCACACACGAGAUGCAGCAGCAGCUGAGGGGAAACAACACUGCUGUGGUGCAUAAAUUCAAGUUAGUUCACCGCACAGAAUGAUCGAUGAGACGCGACGUUACCGGUGAGACACUCGAUACGGCACGUCGUUCCCGUCGUGUGCAUGACGUCGACGGUUUUUGGACAACCGGGCCGUUGAAGACAAUGGUGAAGCUCAUCUCGUUGCGGUCGGCCGCCCAGUUGUACCGACGAGGUUGACGGGCUUCGCGAAGUAGUUACGCAUUCCCCGUCGCGAACGCUGCAAAUAGUAUCACAGCCAGUGGGAGGUGUCAAAGUCCGAACACAACAAGUUGCUAGGUCUGUUCACCGUGUACUUGUGCUCUUAUCGAACGGCCACGACUACCUGCAGUAGUUCGACAGGGAUUUUCAGCGACCUACCUUCCCACACGGUAUUAUCCAAGGCAGCAAUUACGUCAGCUAAGAGGUCUCCCUCCGGACGGUAUCAGGUGGUGCGACCUGAAGAAUGUUCCGCUUCAGCCAAAAUAGGUGCGACCUGAAGAAUGUUGAGCUUCAGCCAAAAUUGGGCGAUGUAUAGUCAUCGUCCCGAUAUACCGCACGGUGUGGUAUUGAGUGUUGGGGAAUAUAGAUAUAGCUUUUAGUAAAGUACUACUGUAAAUCCUC